CAGACGCACCAGCCUCUGAUUCGCUGGUUGGCUGGGACCUUGCCGAACGCGGAAGUGACGUCAGAGUCACCGUCCGGGGACAGUUUCGGUAUUUACAGACGAGCCAGUCAACUGUAUGCAGUCUGCAGGGGUUUCGCCGCGACCUACACAGCCAUGGCGCCAUUGUCUCUACCCCUGUCGUCCCUUCUGAGGCACAGGGACUGUCUGCAAAAGGCGAACGUCUUCUCCAACGUGUUACGCGGUUUACAGCACCGCUCGGUCAGGUCUCGCGUCUGGAAGCGGAAUUUCGGCGCGGUGGCACAUGGAGUCGGUCAACUGCUGUCAAACCAGCCCAGAGCCCAAAACUACGCCGCAUCUGUUUGUAGCAGCUCCUCAGACGGUCAGGACAUGACAGAGAGGCUGUGGUCCGUAUACAGAGAGACUAAAAGACAGACAGAAGAUUUGAUCCCAGUCAUUUCCACCAACUCAGUUGACCCCGACACAAUUUUUUCCAACAAUGAGAUGAGCCUGCGAGACAUCGAGAUCUACGGCUUUGACUAUGACUACACUCUGGCAUUCUACUCCAGACACCUCCACACCCUCAUCUUCAACAUUGCACGGGACAUCCUCAUCACUAAUCACAGGUAUCCAGAGGGCCUGCGAGAGUACGAAUAUAUUCCUAAUUUUGCAGUAAGAGGACUUCACUAUGAUGUUCAGAAGGCACUGCUGAUGAAGAUAGAUGCAUUUCACUACAUCCAGUUGGGAACUGUCUACAGAGGUCUUCAUUCAGUUCCUGAUGAGGAGGUAACCGCCAUGUACCAAGGCAGUCACGUACCUCUAGAGAUCAUGAGCGACUUCUAUGGCAAGAGUUCCCAUGGCCACACCAUGAAACAGUUCAUGGACAUAUUCUCCCUGCCUGAGAUGACCCUCCUGUCCUGUGUCAAUGACUUCUUCAUGAGGCACAACAUCGACUAUGAGCCGGUCCAUCUCUACAAAGACGUAAAGGAAGCCAUUAGAGACGUUCACGUCAAGGGCAUUAUGUACCGAGCCGUGGAGGCAGACAUUGGGAAAUACAUUUGCUAUGGUGAGCAGAGCCACGCUGUGCUGAAGAAGCUGUCAGAGCAUGGAAAAAAGAUGUUCCUCAUUACCAACAGCCCAUUUGACUUUGUGGACCGAGGAAUGAACUACAUCGUAGGGAAGGACUGGAGGGACCUGUUUGAUGUUGUGAUCGUUCAGGCCGACAAACCUGGUUUCUUCAACGACAGGAGAAAACCAUUUAGGCGAGUGACAGACAAAGGUGCGUUACUGUGGGACAGGAUUCACAGGUUGGAAAAGGGGAAGAUCUACAAACAGGGAAACCUUUAUGAGUUCCUGAGACUCACCGGCUGGAGAGGUUCCAAAGUGCUCUACUUCGGCGAUCACAUCUACAGUGACUUGGCAGAUCUGACGCUGAAACACGGCUGGAGGACGGGCGCCAUCAUUCCCGAGCUGAGGAAGGAGAUCAAGAUCAUGAACACGGAGCAGUACAUGCACAUGAUGGCCUGGUUACAGGCACUGACUGGGCUUAUCGAACAGAUGCAGGUCCACAGGGAUCCAGCGUCUCAAGCUGUCGUCGAUGAGUGGAUCAGAGAAAGAGAAGCUAUGAGGACGCAGACAAAGGACAUCUUCAACAGCCAGUUUGGGAGUCUCUUCCGGACGUACCACAACCCCACCUACUUCUCACGCAGGCUCUCGCGCUUCGCUGACAUCUACAUGGCCUCCAUCAGCUGCCUGCUCAACUACGACUUCCAGCACACCUUUUUCCCGCGCCGCACUCCCCUGCAGCACGAGUCCCCCUUCUGGCCCGAACAAGGUCCUGCUGGCAUCAGGACGUAAUGAUCUCCAUCGCUUAGUUUUGAGACAUUUUAGGAGACCUACGCCGCAUCCCAAGAUGUGCUGGCAACAAUCAUGCAAACUGUCGAUGUUUAUGAAGCUUUAAACUAGUUUACUCUCUCAGAUGACUCGGCCUUUAAGAAAAACAAAUGUAUUGCUUUUAAUUACACGUGCUUCUUGUACUUUACAUUUUCAUCACACAGAAUUUGGAACAUUGAAUGGACUGUUUGGGGUUUGCAUGUGUUCGUGUUUCAGUCGAUCAACCAAUCAGUCGGUCUUUAUUUGUCAUUUCUUGACACUUGCAUAACCAUACACCUUGAUUGAUUUAUUUACAGAGAUCCAGCUCUGAGAGCGACCUUGAGGGAGAGUCAGCGUAGUGAGAUUAUACAAAGAUGAUGCAGUUACUCAGUGUGAACAAUAGGGGGCAGUCACACAUCAAGUCUUAGACGACUCUUCUGUGUGGAUCUUAUAGCUGCCUAUCAUUGCUUUAUAUUUUAAGCUCUGCUUCUGUAAGAGACUGUCAGAUGUGACAUUUACAUCUCAGAAUGUGUUGCCUUAAUCUUUACACCCCUGCAAUGUAUAUAUUUUUGUAACAGCUCAAUAUGAUAUAUGGAAAUCAAGCUUUUCAAACUUUGCCAGCCAGCAUCUUAGUUCACUCCAUUUUGAACUGCACUCGGUGACACAAAUUGCACAAUUACGCUCUGAAAUGUUUGUAUUUAUGGAUUGUAACCAGUUCCACACAACAGCAGCUUGUAUGUGUCAUUUUAGAAGUGAGAGAUGUUUUAAUAUUUGUCAGGGGAAAAAAAAGGCAUCUAUAUUUAGCCUGAGUGUUGCUGUUUAAUCUGUGAAGGCAGCGGCGGUGGGUUUGACACUUUUCUGCAGAAAAUGUGUGAAAUGUUUUCUCACGCUCUGGGAGGAGAAUAUCUUGGAUGUGUAACCUGGAAUCUUUGAGUUUGUAAUUAUUUUUGACAAAAAGGGAAAUUCUUACAUACAAGUGGCUACAACCGAGACCUCAUUGUUGCUUUAUCAGUGUUCCUGUGUGCAUAUUUAUGUGUCUGUUUAUUAAAACUGGAGCUGGUUUAACGAU